AUGAUAAAUCGGAGAAUCUCAGCUAAGAGCUCAGUAAAAAGUGUCUAUCUCAACAGUAUUCAGUCUAAUUCUUCAGAGAUUCGAUUCCAUAAUCGCUGGAGCUUCAUCGGAGGAUCAAGAAUCUCUCUUUCUCCCAAUCUUUCAUCGAAUUCUUCUUCCACCGUCGACAAGAAAUUCUCCGGCGUACGAGCUUCAUUGUUAGCUACUUCUCAGAUCGCAAGCAGUGUGUUUGCGGUUGGAACAACAGCUGUUCUUCCCUUUUACACACUAAUGGUUGUAGCUCCAAAAGCUGAAAUCACCAAGAAGUCUAUGGAGAGUGGCAUACCGUAUAUCAUCUUAGGCGUAUUAUACGCGUAUUUGUUAUACCUUUCUUGGACUCCUGAUACGCUCAAAUACAUGUUUUCCAGUAAAUACAUGUUGCCAGAGUUGUCUGGAAUAGCGAAAAUGUUCUCGAGUGAAAUGACUCUUGCUUCUGCUUGGAUUCACCUUCUUGUUGUUGAUCUUUUCGCUGCAAGGCAAGUGUUUAAGGAUGGUUUAGAGAAUGAGAUCGAGACGAGGCAUUCGGUUUCGCUUUGCCUACUCUUUUGUCCCGUUGGAAUCGUUUCGCAUUUUGUAACCAAAGCUUUAACCAAAUAG